GGGUUUGUCGUUUGGUGCCAAACAAAUACUCUGUGACAGCUGGCGAUCAUUUGAGGAUAUCGACGCGUAUCGUGGCAUUUGACGCCUUGGCAGAGUGAAGAGAGGGUUAUUUAUACAAGAUGUGCUGCUGAUUUAAGUUGGCAUAUCUGGAUUCUUUUGCUCUUCGAUUCAUAUCUGUUCUGUUCUAAGCUGAGGGUCUUGAUUGCAUAUUCCGAGGAAGGAGAAAGACACUACAAUCGCAAAGAUGGCAGAAGCAAAGAGGAGAGUCACGGAGUCCAAGAAGGUCUGGACAACAUUGAUAACCAACACCGCUUACCUCUCCGGCCUCCUAACCCUCGACUACUCUCUCAAGAAACACGGCUCCAAAUACCCUCUCGUAGCCCUCUACACCGACACCUUCCCCGCAGAAGGCCACGCCGCUCUCGAAGCCCGCGGCAUUCCCAAGCAGAGAAUCGAAUACCUGCUUCCUACAAAAGGAAAGGAUUAUUCCGCUGAUCCACGAUUCUACGAUUGUUGGAGCAAGCUCGCACCAUUUAGCUUGGUGGAGUAUGAUAGAGUGGUGCAGUUGGACAGUGAUAUGUUGGUCAGGAGGAAUAUGGACGAGCUGAUGGAGAUGGAGCUUGAUGGACCAGAAUUGGAGGGCAAGGGAAUGAAGGUCUUUGCUGCGGGACAUGCCUGCGUUUGCAAUCCACUGAAGAAGAAGCACUACCCUACUGAUUGGAUCCCUUCCAACUGCGCCUUCACAUCCCAACACACCACCCCCGACAUCGCCCAAACCACUGGUCCCGACCCAGCCGUCGGCCCCCUCGGCUUCAUGAACGGCGGUCUCCAAGUCGUGAACCCCUGUACCGCCGUCUACAACCAGAUCGUCUCAUACAUGGAGUCCGACGCCGCCAACAUGGAUUUCGCCGACCAGUCUCUGUUAUCUGACCUCUACAAAGGCCGUUGGGUCCCGUUGCCUUAUGUGUAUAAUGCACUCAAGACUUUGAGGUGGGAGGGAGUGCAUAGUGAGAUCUGGAGAGAUGAGGAGGUGAAGAAUGUGCAUUACAUUUUGGCGCCGAAGCCGUGGGAUGAGAUGGAUGCGGAGGGGAAGAAUAUCAGUAAGGAUUUCACGCAUCAGUGGUGGGUAGAUGUGAAUAAUGAGAGAUUGGCGGUGGAGAAGGAGAAAGGUGUAUCGAAGGAUGGGUUUUAAGUGGAGGGGAUUGUGGAGAUGACAUGCAUUUUGAGUUUGAGUAGAAAAAAGAGGUAGAGCGUGGCGUAGAGGUAGAUUUGAGCUGAAUGCUGACGAUUUUUGACACGACGUUGGUGAAGAAACUUGGAAAAGUGGGUUUGAGGGUAUCAUUAUUUUGUUUCUCACAUAUCAGGAGCUCAUCGCUAUGCUACCAGAUCUACUCGUCCAAAAAUCAGCCGCUUUACGGACGCCAGCAAUGCAAAUGGUACACAUUUUC